AUGAACACGGAGGUUGUGAACGGAGCAUGCGACGCUAGUAUGGCCGGCCUUAACAUGUACGAAGGGCAGACAACAAACUCCACCACUUCCAUUUCUUCGUCUACAGCUACAGUGAAUUCUGAACCAACAACAGCCAGAAUUCAUUCUUGGGUUAGAUUGAAUGUCGGAGGAAAGGUAAGGUUUUGUUGAAUGUUUUGGCUUUUAGAUUGAUAACGGGCUUUCCAAAGAGUUAGCAAAGUUUGUAACGUGUCUUGUUGCAAUUUUUCUUAAUUUUGUUGAUUUUGACGUUCAGUUUAACGUCAUAUUCUUGUAGAUCUUCAUGACAACACGCCAAACGCUGUGCAGAGAACCCACGUCUUUCUUGGCUCGAUUGUGUCAGAACGAUGAACUCUUAACAAGUGAGAAAGAUGAGUCUGGAGCAUAUUUGAUUGAUCGUGAUUCUGAAUACUUUUCUUCCGUUUUGAACUUUCUUCGACAUGGCAAACUGAUAUUGGACAAAGGGCUAUCAGAAGAAGGUAAGCUUUUUUGCUUGUGUUUUUAACGUUUAGAUAGAACUUAGCUUUAAAUUGUAAUCAAGAAAAUAUAUUUAAAGUCUCCGCUAUUAUAAAAAGGCUUAAACUACAGUUAUGUUGCUUUUAGGUAUGAUCGAAGAAGCCGAGUUUUAUAACUUGCCACAUUUAAUUGCACUGUGUCAAGAACGACUAAUAGAACGGUCGAGAAAAUUGACCAAACAUGUAUAUAGAGUAUUGCAAUGUCACGAAGACGAAGUUACGAAUGUUGUGUCGGCAAUGUCAGACGGAUGGAAGUUUGAGCAGGUAGGGAUAACAUGUUAUUGUGAUAGUAAAGAUUUUGUUCAACAUAAUUUUAGGUAUUAAUAAAUUGAUUGUAUUAUGUAACUGAAUAUUAUCAAUAUUAUUAUUACAGCUUGUGCCAAUCAGUCACUUCCACACGAGUGCGACUCACGAGUAUUUGUGUGUCGUAUCUAGAGAGUAUCCAGAUGCUGAUAACUACGGAUCAAUCGAGACUGACAGAGCACAGUUUCUUCAGAAGAAAGCCAUGCGUAAGUCUGAUUUUUACUCUACACAUAGCAGCAAUUAGAUUUUUUUUAUUUAAUGGUUAUAAGAAGGUAUUCUAACCUUUUUACGUUUAAUAAUUAAAAGCUAUUGAAAACUUCAUUAUCUUAAAAGUACGACAGACAAUUCGGUUUUAAAAGUAAGCGAGUUAAUAUAAAAUAUUCUAAAAAUUCAAAUUUUAGAAAACUGA